UGUCUACUAAUGAAAAGAAAAACAAAGUACAUUUCUCUACCUCAAGACACAGGGUCAUAAAAACAGAGGGUUUUCCAGUACCACUUCAGAGAAGAUGUUUAAGUCACUGAGAAUAAAAUUCAACAAGGUACAGCCCACCGAAGAGAACCAUGAGAAAGGGCACGGUUCUCAUCCGAGCCAUCAGGCCCAGCAAUCCCCAGGACAGGAAGAAAACAAAAGUGAAGAAAUGUCUCUGAAAACUAAGAGGACUCCAAUCACAUCUGAAGAGCCACACAUCAAAACACAAGAUAAAGACUCCGAGAAAAAUUCCUCCAGAGAUUUGACCACAAAGCCUGACCCUCAAAGUCCAAUGGAAUCAUCCAGAACAAAAUCAGAGCAGAAGGAAAUGGGGACUGAGAAUGAAGAAGCAAUCAGUCCAAAGAGCAAACCACCUGGAGCCCCUGUCAUAAAUGAAUAUGCUGAUGCUCAGCUACACAACCUGGUGCAAAGGAUGCGACAAAGAACAGCCCUAUACAAGAAAAAGUUGAUAGAUGGAGAAUUAUCCUCACCUGAAGCCAGCCCACAAAAGGCAAAGCCCACAGCUGUAGCACCAACACAAGAAAGUGAUUCUAAGCUAAAAAAAGAAGAUUACCAAGGCAUGUUGUGUUGGAAAUUCCAGAAGGCUCCUCUGAGAGAGUACCUGAAAAAAAUUAGACUUCCAGGAAGCAUAGAUUCACACACAGAUCGACUCUAUCUUCUGUGGCUCUUACUUGUCACCAUUGCUUAUAACUGGAACUGCUGGUUUAUCCCCCUGCGUCUCUUCUUUCCAUAUCAAACACCAGACAACACACUCUACUGGCUUAUUGUGGACAUCAUAUGUGACAUCAUCUACGUUUCCGAUAUGCUGUUUAUCCAGCCCAGAAUCCAGUUUGUAAAAGGAGGAGACAUAAUAGUGGAACCAAAUGAGCUAAAGAAACACUACAAGAGUUCUAUAAAAUAUCAGUUGGAUGUUGCAUCAGUAAUCCCAUUUGAUGUUCUCUACUUCUUCUUUGGGUUUAAUCCAGUAUUUAGAACAAAUAGGGUAUUAAAGUACACUUCAUUUUUUGAGUUUAAUCAUCACCUAGAGUCUAUAAUGGAGAAAGCAUAUAUCUACAGAGUCAUUCGAACAACUGGGUACUUGUUAUUCAUUCUGCACAUUAAUGCCUGUAUUUAUUACUGGGCUUCAAGCUAUGAAGGAAUUGGCACAACGAGAUGGGUAUAUAAUGGUGAAGGAAACAAAUAUCUGAGAUGUUAUUAUUGGGCAGUUCGAACUUUAAUUACCAUUGGAGGCCUCCCAGAGCCACAAACUACAUUUGAAAUUAUUUUCCAACUUUUGAAUUUUUUUUCUGGAGUGUUUGUGUUCUCCAGCUUAAUUGGUCAGAUGAGAGAUGUAAUCGGGGCAGCUACAGCCAAUCAAAACAACUUCCGUGCCAGCAUGGAUAACACCACUGCCUACAUGAACACUUACUCCAUUCCUCAAAUUGUGCAGACUCGAGUUAGGACUUGGUUUGAAUAUACAUGGGACUCUCAAAGAAUGCUAGAUGAGUCUGAUUUGCUUGAGACGCUGCCGGGUACAAUGCAGUUAUCCCUCGCCAUUGAUAUGAACUUCAGCAUCAUCAGCAAAGUAGAAUUGUUCAAGAAUUGUGACAACCAGAUGAUUUAUGACAUGUUGCUAAGAUUGAAAUCCACUAUCUAUUUACCUGGUGACUUUGUCUGCAAAAAGGGAGAAAUUGGUAAAGAAAUGUAUAUCAUUAAGCAUGGAGAAGUCCAAGUCCUUGGAGGCCCUGAUGGUACUAAAGUUCUGGUUACCCUGAAAGCUGGAGCAGUGUUUGGAGAAAUCAGCCUUCUGGCAUCAGGAGGAGGAAACCGUCGAACUGCCAAUGUGGUGGCCCAUGGAUUUGCCAAUCUUCUAACUCUGGACAAAAAGACCCUCCAAGAAAUUCUAGUACAUUAUCCAGAUUCUGAAAAACUCCUCAUGAAGAAAGCUAGAGUGCUUCUAAAGCAGAAGGGUGGCAACAAAGAAGCAACCCCUCCAAGAAAAGGCCUUGCCCUUCUCUUUCAACCAAAAGAAAAGACACCGAAAAUGUUUAGAGCUCUCCUGGGAGGGACAGGAGAUAUUGGAAGACUGCUCAAACUGAAGAGAGAACAAGAAGCUCAGGAAAAAUGUGAAUCCCCCAAAGAAGAGGAUAAAGGAAAAGAAAAUGAAGAUAAAGGAAAAGAAAAUGAAGAUAAAGGAAGGGAGCCAGCUGAAAAAACACCGGACAAAUCCAAAUGUAAAGAAAGUUCUAUUGCAGCAGAGGAAAUGCCCCCCUCAGUUGAAAGGGCAGUUUUACCCAGAGGAACUUCUAAUCAAUCACUCAUCAUCAGCAUGGCUCCUUCUGCCGAGGCCGGGGAGGAGGUCCUGACUAUUGAAGUCAAAGAAAAGGCUGAGCAAUAGAUGUUUGAUUAUCUUUAGAUGUAAUCUAGCUAGUUGCCAGGAUUUUAGCUUAAAUUAAUGACAGAAAAUGACCUUGCUAUGCCCCUUGAGAAAACCACAGGCAAAUCCCUAGCUUAGUUUUUAAGACUUAUCAGAGAGUGUGAUUUUAUGUAGUGGCCUUAAGAUUUUUUUUUAAAUUUCUAUUCUCCAAUGUUGUUUGUGCAAUUGUCAUUUCUUCUAAGCAUAUGUAGUAUGCUCCCUUCCAGUUUUAUCCUGGUAAUGUUUCUUCUUCCUUCCAUUUUGAUUAGCUUGGUCAUGGCUCUGAGGUGAUUCGUUAUCCUUUGUCUUGUACAUUUCUUGUGUGUAAUUUCUGGUAGAGCACUUCUAUUCUUGGCUAACUAUUCUAAGUAUAGAGGGGUAUAGGAUCUUAAUAAACUAGGUUAAAAGUCAGAUGAUUUCCAUUCAAACAAGGAUGAGGAGUCACUAAAAUAUCAAAUCAACCCCAGAAAGAAAGCGGAGACCAUAGAGCCUUCUGAAUGAGACACCGGGUUUUCAGACCAGUCCACUGAAGAUCAAUGAUUGUCAGGAGGACUAACAAACUGACUGGCAAAAUCACAUUGUAGAAACAUGUUAGAAAAAAUUAUUCCCUUUUCCAAAUACACAAACUUUAAUAGUUUCCCUUAUACCAACUUCAUUCAUCAUCUACCUAACUCUUCUGAGUCAACAGUCAGACUGGAGAAACCAGACUGUCCCCAUCUUCAUAUAGGCUAAAGUGACAUUUCCCAGAAUCUCCGUUAAGCACUGGCUUCAUUCAAAAGGCAAUAGAUUAGAGUUUCUCAUCGUUUUAAGCUUUAGUAAAAAAAAGUGAUGAGGUUGGGGAGGCAGACUGUACACAUGUCAAAUUGACAUAUUCCCAUAAUUUGCGGAACCUACAUGUACAGCUGUUUACAAAAUCUCCAAGUUAAUUAAGUGCACUUUAGGAAGUUGUCCUCAUGAAUCAGCUAGCAUUAGCAUAAUUACCAAAGUUGCAUGCUGUGAGGAGACUAAGAAAGCCAGGCUGAUGUCGGAAGUAAUAAUACAUAUAGAAUUCCAUUCCAAUAAAUGCCAUUAUUGUAUAACAACAAGGUCUGUAUAAUAAGGCUAUUUCCAAGUCCCAGAAGAUGGUAAUUAUUGAAGCACUGUAUUGAGAGGAUUUUAGCAAAUUAUAUUAUCCCAAAAGCCUGCAACAUAGAUGCAUUGAGCAAACACGGUACAAAUCAAUUAUUGUAGCAAAAUAUAUCAUUUGGUAGACUUGCCAUGGUUUAACCUAGUAUUUGAGUAUCUCAAAACAUAACAAGUUUUACAGAAUGUCACUUGGUCUUUCUCAGGAUUUAAGCAAAUACGGACAAAUUUUUAAGUAGCACUUACCCAAUAAGUGGAAAUUUGUGUACAGUACAGUGACUAGAAAGCCCAGAAAGAAAAGAGCCUAAUAACAGGAAUGAAUAAAUAAAUAAAUAAAUAAAUAAAUUUGAACUUGUGAGCACCUUAUACUCUGUAACUUUUUCAAGUGAAAAUUAAAAUAUGACACCAAUGCA